CGUAGCCUAUGCCACUUAAUAGGCUAGAGCUGGACGGACAGUAUCUAGCUUUCUAAUAUGGGUGAAAAGACAUAGGGCUUAAAACAGCAAAUCAAUAGGCUAAACAUAAAUAAAUAGGCCUCCUUGAAAAGAAAAAAUACAGACUCUGAACUGAACUGUAAACAAAUGAGACUUUUUGUCAUUAUUUUUAGGCCUACUAUAUUAGGCCACAGCUGUGUAAUUCUGUUACAUUUUUGGUUGGUGGUGCGCCGCAGGAUUUGGUUUAAGAUAAAAAAAAAAAUAUUUCCAUUAACAGAUGAAGUGGAAAAAGUUUAGGGACUUUUAUUAUGUCAAGUGACAUCCAUCAGUUAGACUACGACCACGCACCGUCUUUCUUUUCGCGGACGGAUGAUCAGAGGUUGCAGACGAACCGCCCAAUAAUCAUGGCCAGCCCCGCAAAAAAGACCAAGGUCGAAGAGGAGACCGUGGUUGGCCACGUGCACGCCGUGUCGCCUGUGAAGACGUCGCGGCAGAACGUGCGUUACUUUGAGGCCACCCUCCAGACCGGCAGGGAGGAGUUCAACAGGGUGGUCUGUUUUGCGCUGGAGAAGAGGAGCGAGUUCAUCCAGGCGUCCGAUAACAGCCAGGCGGUGCGGCUGUCACGCGCGCGGAAGAGCAUCAGCUUUGGCAACCCUGGUGGAUAUGACGUCCUCCUCUCAAGUGCCAGCAGCGUGGGUGUGCUUGACGACCUGGACUUUCCCAGGAGGACGCCGCCUGAUGUUGACCAGCUGACCGUGGCCCAAGUGCUUGCCCUGGGUCCGAUGCAAAGAGUUGGCACCAUGGAACUCAGGGUGGUGCAGGCCACGGGCAACAGGGUUGUGCCGGUCCGUGGGACGCCGGUAGAGCUGAAGGUGUUCGAGGUCUGCGACGCCACGGGACAGACGGGACUGACGGUGUGGGACAGAGUCAUCCUGUCAGUGCAGGAGGGGAGGUCCUACCGUUUCACCACGCUCACCACGAGGAAGGAGGGAGACCGGACGGUAGUGACCACCACCCCGUCCACACAGGUGACUACUUGCGCCGAGGUGGGUCGGCCCACUGUACUGAGGCCCGCGUCUGCCGGCGGUGAGGAGGUAGUCUGCGGAGCGGUGGUGGGGGUGAAGAUUGUGGCCAAGCCAAGGUGCCCGAGGUGCCACGCGGGGCAGGAGAACCUGGUCGCCAGGUGCUCCACGCACCGCUGCGAGCGCUGCGGCCUUCUGCAGCGCACAAUGGCCUACAUCAUCACCUACUCUGGCAUGGUGAUAGUGCUUAGCCAGAAGGGGGAGGAGCGAUCCAUGGCCUUGACCAACUCGGCAGUGUUCGCGUACGUGAGGGACAACUUCCUGUCCAGCUGUGGACACGACGGCGCGGCGCUGGAGGAGUCGGUGAUGGCGCUGGAGGAGGUGGAGGUCACCGUGAGUAGAGAUGGGUCAGUUGUCCGUUUUGGCAAGUUUGCACCAGCAGGGCCAUCUGUGGAGCAGGACGGUGCCAAGUGUGCUGAUGCGGCAGGAGGGAGUACCACCGAGGACGAGGUGCUGGAUGGGUUGGAUGAGGUCCUUGCCAAGGAGAUGACCGACUGAAGUUGUGUAUCAUUAUUGAUGUGUUCUGUUGUGCUUUUUUAAUAUCGUUCAUUGGUGUGUUUUUUUUUUUUUUUUUUUUUUCUUGUUCUAUUUGUGUGUAAUUUAUUGUUGAUUUACCGUGUGAUUAUUCUGUAAAUGUGGAGGGGGGAAAAAAAGGGAUGAGUAAAGCUCCUGUUCUGAUUUAA